AUGCCCUGUCUCCCGACUCCCGCAGUGACGGUGGCAGAUUAUGCUAACUCAGACCCAGCUGUUGUGAAAUCUGGACGGGUGAAAAAGGCUGUGGCCAAUGCAGUUCAACAGGAAGUAAAAUCCCUCUGUGGUUUGGAAGCUUCGUGUGUCCCUGCUGAGGAAGUUCUCUCUGUGUCGGGCGAGUCUUGUGACAGCAGCGAUGAGAUGGAUACGAAGGAAAGCAUCAACGGGCGAACUGCAUCUAGGAAAAAGAAGAGCAAAAGGCACAAAGAAAAUCCUGAUGGGGGUGGCGGAGAGGAAUACCCCAUCGAUAUCUGGCUGCUCUUGGCUUCCUACAUUCGCCCUGAAGACAUUGUCCGGUUUUCUUUGAUUUGCAAGAAGGCCUGGACUGUGACUUGCACUGCUGCCUUUUGGACCAGGCUCUACAGAAGGCAUUACAGUCUGGACGCGUACCUGCCUCUCCGCUUGCGGCCGGAGUCCAUGGAGAAGCUGCACUGUCUCCGUGCGUGCGUCAUCCGGUCGCUGUACCACAUGUACGAGCCCUUCGCCUCUCGAGUCUCCAGGAAUCCGGCUAUUCCAGACAGUACUCCCAGCACUUUAAAGAAUUCCAGAUGUCUGCUUUUCUGGUGCAAAAAGAUUGAAGGGAGCAGACAAGAAGCGAUGUGGGAAUUCAACUUCAAGUUCAAGAAGCAGUCUCCCAGAUUUAAGAGCAAGUGUUGCAAAGGUCUUCAGCCACCGAUUCAGUAUGAGGAGGUGCAUACAAAUCCGGAUCAGGAUUGCUGUCUGCUCCAGAUCACCACCUUUAACUUCAUCUUCGUGCCAAUAGUCAUGGGCAUGACGUUUACCUUGGUAAGUGUUGGAGAAAUCCACCAGGCAGCUCUUGCUGUGCAGUUUCUGUAG